GACACGCCAAAUAAUCUCACUCACUAGCUUCAGCUCCACUCCAAGUACAUCUAAAUUAAUUUGCCAUAGCGCGUAGCAUCGGAAACCGUCUGCUUCUCCCUCUCUCUCUGCCUGCUUCAGAUCCACGCGAUCGAUCGACCACUCUCACGCCCGCCGCCUCCGCCGCCGCUAUAUAUGCAUUAUCAGCCGUGACACCCCGCGCUGUCUCCUGUCUCCGCCGUCGUCGUCCAUGGGCACCGCAUUGUUGUCUCGCGCCGCCGGCGUGCUUGUCCUCGUCGUCGUUGUUGCGGCGGCGGCGGCAGCGCCACGGUGCGACCUGUUCCAGGGGAGGUGGGCGGCGGACGAGUCGUACCCGCUGUACGACGCGUCGCGGUGCCCGUUCGUCCCGGACGUCUUCGACUGCCGCCGCAACGGCCGCCCCGACGCCGCCUACCUCAACCUCCGCUGGUUCCCCUCCUCCUGCCGCCUCCCACGGUUUGAUGGGGUGGAGUUGCUGCGGAGGUGGCGAGGGAAGACGGUGCUGUUCGUGGGUGACUCGCUGAGCAUGAACCAGUGGGCGUCGCUGGCGUGCAUGCUCCACGCCGCCGUGCCGGCGGACGGCCGCGUGUCGUUCACCUCCGGCGAGCCGGUGUCGUCCGUGCGGUUCCUCGACUACGGCGUGUCGGUGGUGCUCUACUACAGCAGGUUCCUCGUCGACGUCGUCGACGACGAGCCCGGCCUGGGCCGCGUCCUCAAGCUGGACUCCAUGCGCGACGCCGCCGCAUGGCUCGGCGCCGACGUGCUCGUCUUCAACACCUGGCACUGGUGGACCUACAGGGGAGCCAGCCAAGUGUGGGAUUACGUGCAGGAGGGGAACAAGACGUACCGAGACAUGGACAGGCUGACCGCCUUCUCCAAGGGGCUCUCCACGUGGGCACGUUGGGUGGACGCCAACAUCGACGCGUCGCGGACCAAGGUGUUCUACCAGGGCAUCUCCCCGAGCCACUACUACACCUCCUCCUCGUCAUCAUCCAACGACGACGGAGACGGCGAGGUGGCGGCGGCGGACGGGGGUUGCUACCGUCAGACGCGGCCGCUGCAGGAGUCGACGACGGCGGAUGGCGGCGGCGGCGCGCUGCUGCCGGAGCAGGUGGUGGUAAGAGGGGUGGUGGGGUCGAUGGCGACGGCGGUGUCGCUGCUGGACGUCACGCGGAUGUCGCAGCUGAGGAUCGACGCGCACCCGUCGGUGUACGGGGGGCCGGGGCGGGAGGGGAUGGACUGCACGCACUGGUGCAUCGCCGGCCUCCCCGACGCCUGGAACCACAUCAUGUACGCCAUGCUGCUCACGCAACAACGGACAUAGCUAGAUCAGACGAUGCAUGCUUAAUUUAUUGUUAGGUGAUUAAUUUGACUAUCCUAGAUUAUUUCUGUUCUUGCAAUUGAAACAGCAAAGCACAUCUUGUGCAAAUCGUUCCGUUAGUUGCUACUGGUUGAUUACUAGCACUAUGUAUGUUAGUCUUCCUACGAAGAGGUAGGAAUAGCUAGUUGGGUGGAAGUGGAGCAAGCGAAUGUCUCUCUUAAGAUUAGUUCUAAAGACAUACAAUUCUUUUUCAACUCUAGAUAAGCUAUGAUCACCCUAUGAUUUGUCGUAAUUAUUUGCUAGCUCUAAACUAUUAUUUUGAGAA